AUGAAAUUUGGCCGUUUGCUGAAAAUGAUAGCACCACUAAUAAUAGGAACUCUAAUGGUAUCGAUAUUGACCCUCGGAAUAUUCGGUAAUUUGAAUGUGAUUUAUGCCACAAAGAAGUUCAAAGAGCUGCAAACUCGAAACGGGAUAUUGGUCGCAAUUACAGCUUUUUUCAAUUUGGCAAGUUUUUCCUUGUUCACUAUAUGUGAAAUAAACGCAAUAAAAACUACAGUAGAGGUACUUACUGGCACACCGCCGAUGCUGCGCAAAAAAUGCUUUCCUUCGAUAAUUUUACACAUCUUGUCAUACAACAUCUCGUUUAUGUUAUUGCUUUUCAUAGCUAUCGAUAGACUUAUCGCUGUUUCGUCACCUCUUGCGUAA